UCAUCUCAAAGCGGCUGGUGCGGUACUCGCGGUAGCAUUUCUUAUGAAUAAAGUAUGUAAUUGAUAAGCAACACACACUGAUUGAAUCGAAAUACGUAUACAAUAUUUUUUACUCGAAACAUGAGAACAAAACGAAAUGCAUACGAGUGCAAAUACUUCGCGGUGGUUUUGUAUACAUUAUUUUUUACUGGAUUCGUGUACGGAUUGGAAGAUGAUCGUCCUGUCAAUAGCCGUGAUAACCUUAUUUCGUGGCAUCUAUUAGACACUACGAAAAUACUACUAAACGCCACAAAUAAUAUUGUGGUCUCGCCAAAAAAUCUAACAUCACUACUUAAGGCACCUCCACAAAUAGAUUUACGUUUUGGUAACACCAACAGCCAGACGCCAGGACAAGGCAUAAUUCUUAUCGAAUCUAGAAAAAAACUAAGAAACCCCGAACAAUUAGAAUUGUUUUAUCAUGGCAAAAUCCAAGAAAUUUCUUUUAACGAAAAAACCAAAGUGCUCAAAGCUAUCAAUGACUGGGGAAACCGCACUACAGAUCAGAAAUUCUCCAGAUUUUUUACAUCAGAAUCCGAAUUAAACGAUUUGGAAGUUCUAAUUAUUAAUAUAUUUCACUUCAACGAGACUUUACAAGUAAAUUUCAAAUAUAGUGUGAAUGAAACAUUUUACGUUACACCAAAAAAUAUAAUAAAAGUGCCAUCUGUGGAAACUACUGAUUAUUUCGACUACCUAGAUUCGCAAAUCUUGGAUGCCAAAGUAUUGCGUCUACCAUAUAGCAGUAACUUAUCAAUGUAUAUACUUUUACCACACACUAAACAAGGUGUUGACGAAUUGCUCAAUAAUCUAGGACAUGAGCAGCUGAAGCGUAUGCAGUGGAUGAUGGAGGAGUCGCGGGUGAAUGUAUUGUUACCAAAAUUCAAGUUCUUCUUCAAAACGAACCUUGAAGAAAAUAUUCGGCCAUCCAACCAUAUAUUUGAUGUAGAUCUACAGUUCGCAUUUGGCGAACUAGUUGAUAAGGUGAAUAUUUUCCAUAUAACUACGAUAAAUUUUGAUGGAAAUGGUAAAGGAACGGCAGACUCAAAAAUACGUCAAUCUAAAUAUGAAAAAUUUCAUGUGGAUCGCCCCUUUGUCGUUUAUAUUGAAGAAGAUAGCACAGGUGAUAUUAUAUGUAUAGCCAAAGUGUUAAAUCCUGCUAUGUAAUGGUUCAGUUUCACUUAUUUAAUAUAAUAUAAAUAUAUGCAUGCGUUCGUAAUCCGAUCUGAAAAUGCAAUCAGUAUGCAAGCUUUAAGAAUAAAUAAACACAAAAUACAUUUA